AUGAUUCAAUACUUAAGUUCCGAUAGUGUUGGUUAUCAAGUCAACCUCGACACUUCUCCCAACUGUACGAAGAACAGCCUAAGUGUGCGCCAGGAGUUUUCUCAGAACGUUUUGCCUCGCCGCCCGCAGCCGAGAGCGGCCCCGGGGGUGAGUGGCCUCGGGGGCCUGGGGGCCUCGGGGUCGGAAGUGGAGCCGGGUCGGCGCGCCCCGGGGCGCAGGGCAGCGCCGAGGGGUGUGGGGGCGCUGCUGCUCGGCGCGGCUGCGGCCGCCGAGGGGUUGCGGGAGGACCUGAGGGGUGCGGCGGCCCAGCCCUGGAGAGGCCUGGCGCGGAUCCCGAAGCAAGGGCGGUCGCGGCGCGAGGAGACGGCGGCCGAGCACGAGUUCUUGCUGCCAAAUGAGAGAAGCUUCCAGAAUGCUGCUAAAAGCAAUAAUUUGGAGCUUAUGGAGAAGCUGUUUGAAAAGAAGGUUAACAUGAAUGCUGUGAACAAUAUGAACCGCACAGCCCUGCCUUUUGCAGUGGGGACAGGUCAUCUGUCUGCGGUGGAUUUCUUGCUGAAUCACAAGGCCGGGGGGGUUGUUGCUGGUGAGCAUGGCUUGACAGUAACUCACCUUGCAUCCUGGUCUGAAAGCCUCCAGAUCAUGCUCAUGCUGGUUAGAGCUGGAGCAGACCAGAGAGCCAAGAGUCAAGAUGGAACGAAUGCCCUUCACUUUGGGGCUCAGAGCAACAACGUGUUCAUUGUGGAGUACCUCAUUCAAGAUGUGCACCUGAGGGACUUGGACCAGCCUGAUGAGAAAGGAAGAAAACCAUUCCUUUUGGUGGCAGAGCGGGGCCACAUUGAAAUGAUAGAAAAACUUAUCUUCCUUAAUCUGCAUACUUCAGAAAAGGACAAAGCCACUGACACCCGUUCUGAUUUAAUGCAAAUCACAAGCCAUGACAGCUAUAUCACAUCUGCUGCCCGGUUGACUGAGAUUAAUGGCGAAACACCAUUCUUCUUAGCUGUUGAAGGAGGUCAUGAAGAAUGCAGCAAAGUGCUACUGGCAGCAGGAAGUGAUAUCAACAUUCCAAAUAAACUCAAUAUCGGUGCUUUGCAGAUAGCAACCCCGAAUGGCCAUGCAUCCCUUGUCAGCUUUCUUCUCAGUGAGAACAUUGAUCUGUACUAGAAGGUGGAACCUAAGGAGUCCCGUCUUCAUUUAGCUGCUAUCAACAACCAUAUCACAGUGGUAAACAGCUUAUUAAGUGCACAGCAUGAUAUUGACAUCUUAAAUCAGAGGCUGCAAACUCUUUUGCACGUAGCUGCUGAUCUUGGAAAUGUGGAACUGGUGGAAACCCUGCGGAAGGCAGUCAGUGACCUAAAGGACACGGCCUGUGAUGUCACAAAGCUCUCCGAGGGCCACCCGCCCUCAACAGCGCAACAAGGGAAGACUGCCCUGGCCGUGGCCGCCAGGAACAACUGCAGCCUCAUCGUGGGCACGCUCAUUAAAGCCAAGAGGUGCUACGCCUGGAGAGAGGAGCGUGGUGAGAACAUCAAGGACCCAUCAACCAGCUUUACUCUGACGUCCAAGCAAGAUCACAGUCAGGAGACCAGGCACAUUCGCAGUCUCCUCUGGCACCUGGCUUUCCAUCAGCUGAAGACCAACUAGUGGCAGAGGCUGGCCCGUUUGUGGAACUUUACAGACGCCCAGAUCAGAGCCAUGGAGGAGCAGUGGUCAGGUCAGCAUGGCCCAGGGGAUGAGAGCUUCCGUGAACACGGCCACGGGGCUCUGCUCAUCUGGCUGCACGGGGUCCCGGUGACACAGGCCACACCGGUCAAGCACCUGUACGAAGGGCUGGUGUGCGCGGGCUUCUCAGAACUAGCUGAAGAGAUUCGUCAAUUUAAAAGUGAAACUGACUCAAGGCCCAAGAAAUGUGCAGUUUCAUAAAUGCCUAAAGAAACUGUAUUUGAAUGAUUUUCCAUUCAGUAUUCAGUCCUCUUAAAUUCAGCUCUUCAAAUGGCGUAAAGUUCUUCCAACAGCAGUACUGAUUUUCCUUUCAACUGUGAAGAUGGCAGUGACAGUAUUCUCUAACAGAUGAAAAAAUGGUAUUACACUUUCCGACCACUGAAAAGUCAACUUUUUU